AUGUGGGAUCAGCUUUCAGUCAACAAGCCCCACUAUGCCUACCUCAUUCUUGGGGGCUUCACGUCCCUCUUCAUGUUGGUCUCCCUCUUCGUCAAAGAGAAAAUGUACAUUGGCGAAGCCACCGUGGCGACCCUCGUUGGCGUCAUCUUCGGGCCCCAUGCCGCCAACAUCUUCGACCCCUCCACAUGGGGCAACGUGGAUCAGAUCACGCUCGAAUGCUCGCGGGUGGUUCUCGUCGUACAAUGUUUCGCCGUUGGGGUCGAAUUGCCAAAAGCGUAUAUGGAGAGGCAUUGGCGGUCGGUCGUGUUCUUGCUCGUGCCGGUGAUGACCUAUGGAUGGCUGGCGACGAGUUUGUUUAUUUGGUGGCUGAUUGAGCCGUUGACGUGGCUGGAGAGUCUGAUGAUUGCGGCGUGUGUGACUGCGACGGACCCGGUGCUUGCGAGUUCGGUGGUUGGGAAAGGGAAGUUCGCGAAGAGGGUGCCGAAGCAUUUGAGAGAUGUGCUAUCGGCGGAGUCAGGGUGUAAUGAUGGUAUGGCUUUCCCCUUCAUUUAUCUGAGCUACUAUUUGAUUCAUUAUCGUCCGGACGCGGGAAAAGUUGCUCAGCACUGGUUGUGCAAUACCGUGCUUUACGAGUGCAUUUGGGGUGCGACGUAUGGGGUCUUGAUUGGGUAUGCGGGCAGGCAUGCGAUCAAGUGGGCAGACCGGCAUAAUCUAGUCGAUAGGGAGAGCUUCUUGGUAUUCUACUUCGUAUUGGCCCUGUUUUGUGCUGGUACCGGUGCUACUCUAGGAACAGAUGAUCUGCUCGUGGGCUUUGCUGCUGGAGUCGGAUUCAGUAAUGACGGAUGGUUUACGCAAAAGACCGAGGAAUCGCACGUGUCGAACGUCAUCGAUUUGUUACUCAACUUGGCAUAUUUCGUCUACCUGGGGUCGAUUAUUCCUUGGGCGCAGUAUAAUAAUGCCAUCUUAGGAAUAACCCCGUGGCGACUCGUUUGUAUCGCACUCCUGGUGAUCUUUUUCCGCCGCAUACCCAUAAUGCUGGCACUUAAACCAAUCAUACCAGAUGUCAAAACCUGGCGAGAGGCGCUUUUUGCUGGACAUUUCGGUCCAAUCGGCGUCGGUGCCAUUUUUGCUUGUUUACUGGCCAGGGCUGAGCUUUCCACCGACGGCACAGAUCCACUUCCAAUCAAUGAACUGCCUACUGAUCCUCACGCUCACAAUUAUGCUGUCAUACAACUCAUCUGGCCGAUAACGACGUUUUUGGUUAUGACUUCUAUUUUAGUACACGGCUCUUCUAUCGCAGUCUUUACUCUUGGGAAGCGCAUCAAUCAAUUUACAUUGACAAUGUCCUAUACACAAGCCAACGAAGAAGGUCCAACCUGGAUGAACAGAUUACCACGUAUGGCCUCUACUGCAAAAAGCUCUGCAUCCAAGAAUAAAGAUGACUACAGCGCGGCCUCAUCUACUGAGAAACUGGAUCCGCCUGAAUAUCCACCUGGAACCUUGCCCCCCAUAGGUCUUCCCAAUAAUUUUCUUCGACGUCAAAAGGAAGAAGAUACGCCCCUCGAAAAGCCUCGAAACCAGAGACGAAAGUCCAAAUGGGACGCAGGUAUGGGGCCUGGUGGACCGAUCAGCCAGUCUGCAAUCACGCCACAGCGACGACAGGAAACGCUCGGUCCUGAGGAUAGCGUCUCUGAUACACUUAACGAGAAAGAAAGCAGUCCUUCAGGUAGUGAAGAUAAGAGCGAGCCAGAUCAGCUAGAGAUGGAGGAGAAGCAAGAGCAAAAAGACAAGAUGGCUCGGCAAGAAUCGCACGAGGUGCAAGAGCCUGAAUUGGAGGUCUAUGAGGAAGACAAUGAGAUGAUAGUCGAAGAUGAAGAGGGCAACGUAGUGGGCGUGCACAAGAUCACUAGCAAAUCUGAUGCAGAAAAACAAGCGUAUCUCGCGGAAGAUGAGAAGAAGGUGCGGGACGAUCGUAGCGGCCAGUUUGCCAAAGGCAAAUUUCAUCCACACGAGAGAGAUGAAGGCAGUGAUAUAGAAGAGCAGAUCGAAGAGAGUGUAGGGUGGAAGAAGCUGUCGAAGAAGUUAGGUGCGUGGGACGGCUUCAAGAAAGCGAAGAAAGAGGAGGGCGAAGUUGCCAAGCCCCAGGAACCACCUCAGCCAGAACGAAAGCAGGCGCAAGCGGCUCAUGCGUACCAAUUUGGCCAGACACUUAUUGUCGAAGACGAAGACGGAGAGGUCAUCAGGAAGAUCGAUCUCCGAGAUCGAGCUAAACAGAACAAUCGCGCUGGGCUUAGAGGCGGCGUCCAAGACGGGCCCCAUCACUUCGACACAGCUCCUAUGCGCCAAGGUCUUCGCAAAAUGAGCGAAUGGGCAGGAAUGGGCCGCUCACGAGCCGGAGACGGCGGUGUUGACGCUUCACAAGCCGGCGAAGUCAGCAAAGCGAAGAAGCCUAAAGCUGACGAGGAUCCUAACGAGGAUCGCAUCCGCUUUACGGUUGGCACAGGAGGGCGCCGCAUGAGCAAACAAGAAUUUGUUGAGCAGCUUCAACAGCUAGACCCCAAAACUCGGCGACAAGUGGUUGAACAAUCUGACGCUCCUCGCGAGGUCAAAGACGAAGUCCAGGCUGAUGCAGCGCAUGAAGCUCGCGGUGGUGAGAGCGCGAUGCGUCCACGCUCUGGAUCGAGGAAACAAAGCACUCCGCUUAUCACUCCGUCCAAGCCAUUAGUCCCAGUACCUGAGCAGCCCAUGGACGAGGAUGGGGAGCCAAUGCCAAUAAUCCACCGCAUUGACACAGCGAUUGACCCCAACGCCAAUACAAGCAAAGAAAGUGUCGCAGCACCCUCUACCAUAGGAGAAGAAGUCCCCACCCACGACGUCAGCCAGACCAUCAAACGCCGCACAGCUCACAUCGAGGAAACAGCAGCCGAAAGACGGCGCAGACUAGCUUCGCAAGACCGGGAUGAGGACUCCGAAGACGACGGCACAGAGCGCGUGCCUCCCUUCAUGCAAGGCAGAGGAAGAUCGUCAUCUGGCAAGAGCAUUACUGGAGGAAGUGGUGGUGGGGGCGAAACAGCCGCUGAGAGACGAAGACGAAUCGCGGCGCUUGCGGGCGCCGAAAGUAGCGACAGUGAAGAUGAUGGAGGCGAGAGGGAGCCGCAGCGCACAGGGCAUAAGCCGGUCGCGGAGCCGAGUCGGAUACGGUUUGCGGAGCAAGGAGGUGCGGGGUCGACGUCGCAGGGACGGAGUGUGCAGUGGGGCGAGGCAGUCAGGGGUGGGGACAAGGGAAAAGAGGGGGGAAGAAGAGGUGGUGAUGAGGUAGUGGGGAGGGAAGGAGGUUUACGGUUGUGCAUCUGGUGGGCUGUUGAAUCUGUUAUUAUGGUUUGGGUGGGAUAG